AUGGCGGCCCUCCUUGAGGUUUGUCAUCGCCCCGCGUACGGCGUGCGACAGCAGCUGGCAUGCUUCACAUUUGCCACCGCCAGCUCAAGGACGCUGGCGUUAAGAAACACAGGAGCGGCUGCUUUUCAGACGCCGCUAAAUCAUCAUCCUCGUCGCCUGCACUUCUCUUCGCUUCUUCGCAUUACCGCAGGGACCCCGGCAACGCCGGAGAAGAGCAGCAGCAGCAGCGCAAGCAACACAACCACCGAGAGCGGAGUGACGGCGCUCGAUGUAGCCAUGCGUGUUAACAAGCUGAAGCGGUUGCAUCAGACUGGUGGUGGCCCAGAUGGGAAGAAGCGGAUUGAGUUAGACGCAUGGAGUGAGCUGAACAGCCUUACGGAAGAGCAAAUCAACUCCGCCGAGGGAAAAGCGGUGUCACUGCUGCUCAACUCCUGGGCGUACUUUGCGAAGUACUGGGAGAAGGGCAAGGACGGACCACUGGGCAUGCCGGCCCCUGCUGCCGCCGCCGCGAACUCGCCGCCGUCAGCUGCUGCUGCUUCCGAGGAUGUACCGCAAGACAGCCGGAAGUAA